CAACUGCAACUGUAAUUAGUAGAACUGAUUGAGUCGAUAAUAAUUUAGGCAGGCGUUCCAAACAAAGUUCAAAGCAUCCAUAUUUGAAAAAUUUUAGUUUAACGCAGUAGUUUGUAUUUGCAAACAGUCCAAAUGUGUGUAUAAGGUAGUUUUGAGAGUAUGUAUUUUUGGUAAGCACAACACACCUUUUCAAAUUCGAUAAAAAAAAUUGAACAAACACAAUAACAAGAACAUCAAGAACCGUAUAAUAAUAAUAAUCAUAAUCAAGUUAAUAAUAACAUCAAGGCGGAUAAAAUAAAAGCUUUACAAAUACAUACGAGCCGGAAUAAAAUAAAAGAAAAAGCGGGAAGAAAAAUAAAGCAAAAGCUAAAGUCCAGAAUAGCAUUGCAUCGUGUGUAACCGCCAGCAGCAGCAGCAGCAGUGACCACACGAUAAGGAGCUGUUGAAUGAUGUUAGACAUUAAGAAAACCAGAGGAUUCCAUAAGAUUCCAGCGUCCAAACUGCAGCGCGAGGCAAACACUGCGGCAACAACAGCGGCUGCAGCAGCAACAGACGAACACCAACAGCAGCACAACGGGCCAAGCGGCAGCAGUGGACGUGCGGUGGCAAUUGGCAACGUUAAUCCGGUGCGGGCGGCCAAUCAGCGCUAUUUUCUGGUAUCCAGCUACAAGGAUCCCAGCUUCCUUAAGGCCGAGUGCGAUUUGGCGCAUGCCCAGGUGACGCUCAAGCAGACGCCAUCAGGCAAGACGCACAAGCGCAGCAAAGCGCUCGACGAUCACAAGAAUAACAACAGCAAUAAUAAACUAGCAGCUGCAGCUAUAAUAGCUAACGGCAUCAGCAGCGAUAUUGUAGUGAAUGACAUGCGUCGAACGACGACGCUUAAUGGCAAUAAAGCGGGCGGCACGAGCAGCAGCAACAACACCAAUACCAGCACCAGCACCAGCAUCAGCAGCACCACCGCGAACAGAGCAACAACAAUAGCUGGAAACUCAGCCGUCCACAGGAUUGAUAUCAAAUAUAGCCAUAGCCAGGGCCAGAGCCAUAGCAGUAAGCAGCAGCUGACUUUGGGCCAAAAGACAGCAGUUGCAGCAGCGGCAAUUGCAACGUCGUCAGCAGGAGCAGCAGCAGCUGGCACUGGAACUGGAGCUGGACGACUGGUGGCUGGUAAACUGAAGCCGAUUGUGCCGCAGUGCAAUAACAAUCACAGCGCGAUGAACAGUCACAGUAGCUACAAUAAUAACAAUAACAACAACAGCAGCAAUAGCAACAACAGCAACAACAACAGCAGCAUGCAACGCCAGCAACAACAGCAGCACGAUGACAUUAGCUACAUAGAUAGCGACGAUAUACCGACUAGCACAGCAGCAACAGCGGCAGCAGGAGCACCAACAACGACUGCAGCAGCAGCGGCAGCAGCAGCAGCAACAUUAACAACAACAACAGCGUCUGGAGCCACAUCAUCUGGCCAGAAGGUGACAAACAUAUGCUACUUUAAGCCCAUAACGCCGCCAUUGCAGCUGCGCAAUCAGCACCUGAGCGGAGAUAAGCCCAGUGGUCAGCGCUCGAUGCGGCCCAAGUCCACAAUAAUAUCGUUCUCCAAUUCCAAUUUUGCGGCUAGCUAUGAGAAGUUUAACAGCUAUAAGCACACUAAUGGCGAACAGCGUCCCAAGGAGCGGGAGCGGGAACGCGAACGCGAACGUGAACGUUUGGAGCGGGAGAGUAGCGCCAGCAGCACCAGCAAUGCCCGCCGCUAUGGCAUCGAUUCGCUCAGCAUUAAGGCAUCCAUUGAGAAGUUUAAUAAUCUCAGCGAACAAAAGCGACAACCGACGCCGAUGCGCAGCAAUACAAGUUCAGCGUCAACCUCAACAGGAACAGCAGCAGCAGCAGCUGCUGCGGCAGCUGCAGCAACAGCCGCAUCAGCAGCAGCGGCAGCAGAGGCAACAUCAUCUAAUGCUGGCGGCAGCAGCAGCAAUCUGCAGCAGCGCUUCAGCGGAGACAUGGAGAAUGCACGCAUUGCGGCCGGCUACAGCAGCUCCUUGACACGUGCCGCAUAUCGGACCAACAGCAGCAAUAAUAGCGCUGCGCCAGCAACAGCAACGUCGACGGCAACAACGACAGCGACUGCCGUAGCGCCCAUGAGCAAGUCGGCCAGUCGCAUUGCCCAUGGCCUGCUGGCCAAGGCCAGCAAUUCAGAAGGUGCGGGCAAAGCGCUGGCAUCAGCAACGGCAACUGCAAUAACAGCAACAGUACCAGCUACAUCCGCGCCGAACAUCCACAAGGUAAAUCUGCACCAUCAUCACAACAACGACACGGCGGGAGCAGCAGCUGUUGCUAACUCAGCCAACGCCUACUCUUACUCUGCCACCGCCGCCGCAGUCAACAGCGUCACAGCCAACGACAGCGUGGCACGCAAUACCACAAGCAGCUCUCGUUCAGUGCUGCCACCUGUCUCGCCAACAUCCAGCCAUUACUGGGAGCGGGACAGCGGACGGAAUAGUACCAACGCCACAUCCACUUCCAUUGGCUCAUCGUCGCUGAGCAAUAAGCAUACUAGCCUAGACGAUGGCUACAAAAGCAGCCGAGACGAGAAGUUCGAGGGUCUAUGCGGUCUAAGAAAUAUUGGAAACACUUGCUUCAUGAACUCAGUCAUCCAAUGCCUGAGCCACACGACUGAGCUGACGCGCUUCUUGCGCGCCCAUCAUACUAGCACGCGCACGGCAACCUCCAAGGAUCAGCAAAUACUACACGAAUUUGCCAAACUCAUACAGGAAAUGUGGACGACAAAUGUGCACAGUGUAACGCCGAUGGAACUAAAGCGUGCCUUUUCGACAAAGCAUCGCAUGUAUAGCGAUUACAAUCAACAGGAUGCGCAAGAGUUUCUCCGAUUCUUUCUUGACUCGUUGCACUCGGCGCUGAAUAGCGGUGUCAAAGGUGAAACGCUUAACAUUGACGAUAAUCUCAGUGACAAUAAGAAGGCCGAUCUGACUUGGGAGUGGUAUGCAAGGCAUGAGAAUUCCCUGAUACGUGACUUGUUUGUUGGUCAAUUAAAGAGCACACUGAAGUGCACAACGUGUGGCAAUACAAGCGUUACCUUUGACCCAUUCUGGGAUUUGAGUGUGCCACUACCAUCGUCAUCGCGCUGCAAAUUAGAGGCCUGCUUAGAUCUGUUCAUAAGAGAGGAGGUGCUAGAUGGCGACGAGAUGCCCACAUGCUCCAAAUGCAAGACACGCCGAAAAUGUACCAAAAGCUUUACCAUACAGCGUUUCCCCAAAUACUUGGUGAUACAUCUGAAGCGUUUCUCAGAAACGCGCUGGAGCAAGCUCUCGAAUAUUGUAGAGUUUCCUACGGCGGACCGGGAGCUCAAUAUGGCCUCUUAUGGGGCCAACGCAAAUUCGAAUGUGCAUUAUUCGCUCUAUGCGAUCUCCAAUCAUAUGGGCUCAACGGCUGGUGGUCAUUAUGUAGCAAUCUGUAAGCACCCAGUCUCACACAAGUGGCAUGAGUUCAAUGAUAAUAGCGUUAGCGAUGCAAUACCCGAAAACUGUCUCGUUUCAUCCAGUGCCUAUAUCUUAUUCUACGAACGAGCGUAAAGCUAACUUACUACUAACUCUACUCCACAACAUCCUGGCAGUUGAAUGCAAUAAGUAUAUAACAACAACACCAAAAGCAACAGCAACACCAUCAACUGCAACAAAGAAAAAACGUAAAAA